AUGGCUGAGUGCGAGAGAAAAGUAGCGGACACAAGUGAUAACGCGGACUCUGUCGGAGGGAAGAUUAUCGGAGAGACUGAUGAUCGUGUGAGGCUAUGUGAGCCGUGUUUUGAGGAAGGGGCCGAAUUCCCCGCGGCCAAGUUUUGUGUUGAGUGUGAGGACUAUUUGUGUGAGACAUGCGUGCAAUAUCAUCGAAAGUCCAAACCGUCUAAAACACAUGAACUGAUUGAUAGCGGUGAUAGAGUGCAAGGUUCCAGGAAAAAGGAGGGAAGAGAUAUAUUUAUCUGUUCGAUUCACCAGGGAGAAAUAGCUCUUUAUUGUACAAAACAUGAUAAACUGUGUUGUUCGAUGUGCGUUAGCGGAGUUUAUAUGAUGUGUGGAGACAGUAUUUGCAAGGUUGGUGAUGUAGCUGAGAGAGAAAAAGAGAAGAAGGAAAUUAAAACAGUGGUGGAAAAGAUUAAAACAAUAACUGUAAGUGCUCAGGAAAACAAACAAAGGGCGACGACAAGCAUCGUAUCAGGAACGGAACACUUUGCGAAAGAAAUAGAGGAACUGAGGAUGACAGUAUAUGAAGAAAUCGCAAGAAUUAAGACAAUCGAGAUGGCCUGUGAUUCUGUUUUAAGAGAGGUAGAGAAGUGGGAUAUCCUCGUUGAAGAUGGUAAACAAACGAAAGCGAAUGGGAAAUUUUUCAUUGUCACGAAAUUGGCAUCAGAACAACUUGUAAUUCUGGCUGAAACCUUACAAGGUUUGGUAGAAAACAACAAAUGGAAAUUCAGUUCCUUGUCGCUGCGGUCAUUGCCUGGAUAUCCAGAUGAAAAACGGGCUCCUAUUCUUCUAAAGGAGAUACCUCUAACUGGUGAUCCUAGAGUGAGAGAUAUUUUUCCAAUAGGACAGAAAAUAGCAGUCGCAGACGGUCCUGGGAAAAAAAGAAUUCUGAUAAAUGUAGAUAACCCAGAUAAAUGGUUUGAAAUAAAACUGCCUGCGGCGCCUUGGGAAAUAGCUGUUAAUUCCUUCGGGCAAAUGUAUGUAGGUUUUCAGGGUCAAUCCAAAAUAAUGAAAUACUUAUACCCUCUUUCAGACACUAAAAACUGCAUCGAAAUUAGCAAUGGCGCAAAACGAAGUUGCAUUCGAUGUCACCGUGACGUCCUCAAAAUUCAAGGUUUAAGUCCCUUCUUUUUACAAGAAAUUGACGCUUCUGAAAAAACGAAAGCAAACCAUAAAAUGAAAGCUCUGCCCGGUGUUUCCUCUGUAGAGAUACAUUCAACAAUCGAUGAAAUCACUGGAUCUAUGUUCCUCAUCGGCAGAAAUCUGUUGGGAUUAAGAGAAGUCACCAACGAUGGCGAGGUAAAGACAAUUUCUCUGUCAAAACCAAUAGACAAACCUGGAGGAAUCGUGUUGGAUACUAAUGGUACAUUUUUGGUCAGCAGCGAAAGUGAUAAUAGUGUUAAACGACUGGAUAUGGACGGAGUUCUCGAGGAUUUCAUUACAGGUUUGGAGUUCGAACCACAUGGACUUGGCUUGGAUAAACAAUGA